CUUGCCAGAUUGAGAAAUCUGCCAUCAGUUAGGAGAAUGCUUGUCUAGGUGAACAUUUCACAUUUUGUUAGAGAGUUGAUAGCAAGAUGCCCACCUUUGGUGAGAUGACGGAAGUAUGCUUUGGAGAAGACACGUAUUCAGUGGUGGAGGCAUUGAAUGAAUGUUGUGAAGGCAUGGGUAUUGUUGUGGCUGGUCAGCAUGAACCCUCAUUCAAGAGUGUGGCCAUCAAAAGAUAUAACUUGGAGGAGAUGUCUGCAGAUGUCCUUACAAGUGUCCAGCGUGAGUUGUGCCUGAUGAGACAGCUCCAGCAUUCCAACAUUUCAACCUUCAGAUCUGCUUUUGUCAUUGGUCCUGAGCUGUGGGUGAUAUUUUCCUACAUGGACUAUGGUUCAGCUGCUGAUCUACUCCAGACCUAUUUCAAUGAUGGGCUUCCUGAAUCAGCUAUCUCCAUCAUCAUGAAAUCUGUCUUGUCUGCACUGGAGUACCUGCAUAAAAAGCAAAUCAUACAUCGGGGAGUCAGAGGAAGUCACAUUCUCCUGUCAAGCCAGGGCAAGGUGGUGCUCUCAGGGCUUGGCUAUGCCCUGCCCAUGUCCUCAGCUGUUUGUUAUGAGUUUUCUCCCCGUAUCAACUCCAAUCUCAAGUGGCUUGCCCCUGAAAUACUCAUGCAGAACUUGCUGGGAUAUGAUGAAAGGUCAGAUCUGUAUAGUGUGGGAGUGACAGCAUGUGAACUGGCCAAUGGAGUGCCUCCAUUUCAUGAUUUGCCAAAGACCCUGAUGCUUUUGGAGAAGCUGGAAGGGGUAGGCCCCCGACUCCUGGAUGCCACCACACUCCCUCCACCUGAUGGGCAAACUCAGGACUCAGGAGUUGGUGACAGUGAGACAACUAGUCCUCCCAAUAACAUGCAGUUUAUGGCCCACCUUCAAGCCAUGCACAGUCGCUGCUUCUCAUCCCAUUUCCACCGAUUUGUGGACCAGUGUGUGGCACGGGACUCAGAAAUGCGAAAGAGUGCAUCUCAACUUCUUCUGCACCCCUUUUUCCGCCACAGUAUAAAGAGCCCAAAGGAGCAGACCCUAGCUGAACUCCUCCAGCCAGCUCUCCCUCACUUUGUGAACCAAAGGGCUCAAUUGCCAAGACCUGGCAAUGGCUCUGGCAAGCACACUCUUGAUGGUGUGCAUGAAUGGAGUGAUUGGAACUUCUAAGUUUUAGGAAUGCUGAAAGUCAUCUAGUUCAUGUGGGCAUUGACAAGUACUCUUUUAGGAACUCUAGUCUGACUUCACCCCCAUUUCAAAGAGGUCCUGCCAUGUCUUUCAGAAAUUCUCUGUUUCCUUGGUGCAUGUGUGAUGGUAUAGAAUUGAUGAC